CAUUAACUGGAAGUUUGUUAUGGUGCGCUAUGAAAUCCUAUGGGUGUGCAUUUACUAGAAUAUGUUGUCGUGAAAUUUUAAGUAGAAAGAGGAGCUGAAAUGGAGGACAUGGACAUGUUUUACGACAGUUCAGAGUACAUAGAAACGGCUUCUGGUAAUAAAGUGAGUCGCUCAUGCGUGCUGUGUGGGAGCAAGAAUAUAGUCCUGAAUGGCAAGACGAUAGUUCAGACUGGUUGUAUUAUCCGUGGUGACCUGGCCAACAUCAACAUUGGCAGGCAGUGUAUUAUUGAAGCUGGAUCUGUCAUCACCCCACCAUUCAGGAAACUAUCUCAUGGAGGUGCCUUCUAUCCACUCCAAAUAGGGGACAAUGUCAUCAUAGGGGAAGGCUCUAUCAUCAACGCAUCCUCUGUUGGGUCAUUUGUUCAAAUUGGCAAGAACUGUGUCAUUUCUCGCUCGUGCAUACUCAAGGAUUGCUGUCGUAUUGAGGACAACACCAUACUUCCUCCAGAAACUGUAGUCCCACCAUUCAGUGUGUUCAGUGGAUCUCCAGGUAUGAUGUCGAGGGAUCUGCUAGAGAGCACUCAAGAUAUGAUGGUGGAAGCAACAAGGAGUUACUAUCAACAUUUUAAACCACUUAAAAAGAGUUAGUAAUACAUCGUUGGUAAUUAUAUCCACCUCAAGAAUUUUUGCUAUUUUCUUGUGCAAUGCUUUCGUCAAUUCUUCGUAUAGUGUGUUUUGUUGUAGCCUGUAGAGAGACAAUAAUUGUCACUGUGUGUAUCAUUCAUUCAAUCCUACCAGUUGUUGCUUCAUAUUGA